CCGUCAUUUUACAAUGCGUGUGGAGUGGAUUGGCCAUUGGCCGCGUUGACCCUCAAGGGCCACAGUCAUCUUGUUAGCGGCCCUGACUGGUUUCAACUUGUUCCACCUCCCUCAUCGCGAACGACAUCAGAUAGUCCGUGUUCUGAGCGGACAUCCAAAAGCUUCGUUCGGCGCUUGUCAAACCGACCAUGGCAUCCCAAACGGCACCGGCCAAGAGGCAGCAGGACCUCCAGUUGCAGUACACCAACUACAAAAACACACUGCAACAGCUGGCGCAGAAGAUAGGCGAUGUCGAACAAGAAGCUGAAGAGCACAAGCUUGUUCUCGAGACCUUGGAGCCGCUCCCGGGUGACCGCAAGUGCUUCCGCAUGAUCAAUGGUGUUCUGGUGGAGAGGACGGUGAAGGAUGUCAUCCCCGCCCUCCGCACGAAUGCCGAGGGGCUAAAGAAGGUUCUCGAUGACCUGGUCAAGCAAUACAAGGCCAAGCAAGAUGAGCUUGACAAGUGGAAGAAGAAGAACAACGUCCAGGUUGUGCAAUCAUGAAAAGAAGAACCUUGCGCACUGGGGACAAGGGUUCGAAAAGCCACGCCAGAUCCCAAGCCGUGCCAUGCCAUGCCAUGCCGUCCAUGCUCCGUCCAUCAGCAGACUCCCGGGGUGCCGUCAACUUGCUUGUGCACAUUGGGCGGCAGAAAAGGCACAUUUCUGACUGACGACACCCCACGCGCUGGCGGGCGCCUUGAUGCCCCGGCCCUGCCACCCCCUGACUUGGUGGUAGGACUGGAAGCCUCCACUGUCCAAGCGGUCCAGCACGGGAAAAUGAUUGCCAGCAAGAGCAAAACGGAGAGGCUGGCGCGAUCCUCAGAAGCUGCACAAACUUCUGCGUUUUCUUGUCCUGAAGGGAUGCUGAGUUGUACAGUCGUCUUCUUCUGCAGCCUAGCGGCAUGCACUAGCCUGUUGCGAUGCCCAACAGGGAGAGCCAGCCACAUGGUUGGGCUGCGACGGGAUUGGGCAUCCUGUGUCUAACUCAGGCGGGGUUGGUUGGCUUGCUCCAUGGAGUUUGAGCAGAGUGACAUAGUGUCCCCCCCCAUACUGGUCAACUUCGUUCCGUCCGGUUGUGCCGAAGGGAACCCAUGAAACUGGCUUCGUCUGGGAAAUAGGCUCGUUGACCUGCUGAAGAUCCCUCCUCAAAGCUGGGUACGGGCCUUGGCAAGGUGAUUGUGAGAACGUUGAGACCUCAGAUUUUGGAAUUCAACGGUCCUUUUUCGCCCAGUGAGAUUCUCGAAACAGCCCAAAAUUCUGUUAUUGGUUCAAACCUCGUGAAUUACCACCACCCAGCAGGCGUCCCCAGAAUCCCGUCUCCCUGGUCACACGCCUACCUGCUGCGCAGCUUAAGCGACCAAACGGAGAAAUCUCAGCCAUUCGACCCCAGCCAUUCGACCCGAGACCCGUUCUCUGGACCCGUUAGGCACUUCCUGUUCCUGCCUGCAUAUUUACUCGCGACCGCAAUUGUCGAAUCAUUCAGCCGCCUCGCCCACCAUCCUUGG